AAAAUCAGACCCCUUCGCGUUUUCUUCUUUAACAGUUCCAAAUUCCAUCGUCGUCGCAAGCACAGAUCAUCUUCAGCUCUGAAGCCACCUCAAAGGUAUAUCUUGAAUCAACAACAAUGGCAGGGACUAAUGAUUCUUGUCCUUUGGUAAAGAAUAUUCUUCUUCUGGACUCUGAAGGAAAGCGUGUGGCUGUCAAGUAUUACUCAGAUGACUGGACUACUAAUGCUGCCAAGUUAGCUUUUGAAAAGUAUGUCUUCUCAAAGACUUCCAAGACCAAUGCUCGCUCAGAAGCGGAGAUCACACUGUUGGAGAAUAAUAUUGUAGUCUAUAAGUUUGCCCAGGACCUGCAUUUCUUUGUUACGGGAGGUGAAAAUGAAAACGAGCUCAUCUUAUCAUCUGUUCUUCAAGGCUUUUUUGAUGCUGUUGCAUUACUUCUGAGGAACAAUGUUGAAAAGAUGGAAGCCCUUGAAAACUUGGAUCUCAUCUUUUUGUGCCUUGAUGAGAUGGUUGACCAAGGGAUGGUACUUGAAACAGAUGCCAAUGUUAUUGCUGGAAAGGUAGCAAUGCAAAGCGCAGAAGCAAGUGGUUCACUCUCUGAACAGACAUUAACUCAAGCAUUGGCAACAGCUCGGGAACACCUUGCAAGAAGUCUUCUUACAUGAUUUUUCAUCUUGGGAGCGAAAUGGUAUAUUCAUGAGCCCCUUGUAACCAUAUCUGAAAUGGUUGCCGUUCAUUAGAAAUCAAUCCCCUAUUGUCUUAACUAUCUUUAUGACACUGUUUUUUUACGAUUUUUUUUUUUUUUUGUUUUCGUGGAAUUUAGAUUAUAUUAUUCCCCUUCUUGUAUUCUCUCUAUAUGAUGGUGUUCUUGCGGAACUAUUUUUGAAGUUGAGGAUCAACAGCAUAUGCACUAGUGAUUUCUGAGUUAA